AUGCAGACUGCUUCUACAAACAUUUGUGAAAGACUGUGCAAUAAGUCCAUCUGUGAAAUUUCAUUGCCACUAAAUAUCCCACAACCAACUGUUAGUGAUAUUAUAACAAAAUGGAAGCAACUGGGAACAACAGCAAUCGGCCACAAAGUGGGAGGCCACAUAAAAUUACAGAGUGGGGUCAGCGCAUGCUGAAGCGCACAGUGCGCCAACUGUUUGCAGUGUCAAUAGCUAAAGACCUCCAAACUACGUGUGGCCUUCAGAUUAGCACAACAACGUUGUGUAGAGAGCUUCAUGGAAUGGGUUUCCAUGGCCGAGUAGGGGCAUCCAAGCCUUAUAUCACCAAGUGCAAUGCAAAACGUUGAACGCAGUGGUGUUAAGCACGCCGUCACUGGACCAUAG